UUAUCAUCAUUUGUUCAUUCCGCUUCUACCGAGUUGUCACCACCCACCGGACUCAGUGAAUCACCAUAAUGGGAAACUGCAGCUCCUCCGAUUCGACUCAGGUUGCCACGGCGAAGCUUGUGCUGCAAGACGGGAGGCUGCAGGAGUUCUCGUACCCGGUUAAGGUUUCGUUCCUCUUGCAGAAGUAUCCCGCGUGCUUCAUAUGCAACUCCGACGAAAUGGAAUUCGGCAACGUCGUUUCGGCCAUCGACGAGGACCAAGUUCUGCAACCCGGUCAGCUCUAUUUCGCGCUUCCGUUGAGCCGCUUGAGGCACCCCUUGCAGCCGCACGAGAUGGCCGCAUUGGCCGUCAAGGCCAGCUCCGCGCUCAUGAAAACUGCCGACAAAUGCGGCUCUCGCCGGAAACAGAUUUUGUUCUCUAACGAAUAUGACUCUAACCCUAAGCGCGUGUCUCCCGCACUCGCUGCUGGCGGUGGAAGAGGAAGGACCGCCGCUGGUGCCGGUGGUAAGGGGGGAUUUGCAGCGUUGUUGAGCUCCAUUCCGGAGUAGGGGCAGUUUCCGAAGAAAAUUAUACGCCGGUGAUUUUGUUCGUUUGUAUAUAAAUAGUUUUUUUUUCUAUUAAAAAGUAAUAUUAUAAAAUUUUGGACAUUGUAGAGCUUGUUUUAGGAAACAAUGGAAGCGAUUAGAUUCUAAUCUUGGAGAGUUGAACCAAAUGGAUAUUCAUAUUCAUAUUCUAUCUUGGAGAGAUGACCGCAAAA